CAGAGGAAGGCAGCAGAGGAAGGGGGGAGAAAAAGAAGCCGAAAAGCCACAGAAGCAAGUUGGCCCACACAACUUUGCAGCUUUAGUGAUGUCACAAGCAUGUGAUCCCGCUUCUCCAGUGACAGUGUUGUGAGGGAAGGAAAAAAGAGAUUUUUAAAGGCUUAUGCCAUUUUGAGUUUGUGUGAAGGCUUCGCUCAGCCCGAGCAACCACAGAACCGCAGAACUUCAGUUCGGGAAUAUUGCAUGGGGCUACCAGCAGCGCGUCAAUGGUAAUUGUCGUUGGUCAACUUCGGGUUUGAGGAACGCACCAACCAACGCAUCAAGGGUCAACGACAACCUCUAAGGAACGAAAUUUGUAUGCCAAGUGACCAAGCUGGCGACCAACAUGGCAUCUAACAGCCUCUUCAGUUCUGUGACCUCAUGUCAGCAGAGCUUCUUCUGGGAUCCCAGCGCCGGACGGAGGUUCAGUCCGCCGGUGUCGGUGAAGAUGAACGAUGUGAACUCCAGCGCGGGACACCAGCUGCAGCAGGAUGGCGCGGUGGUGCCAAGACUCCGUGCGCAAGAGAACCGCUCCAUGGCCGAGAUCAUCGCCGACCACCCCGCCGAACUGGUCCGAACCGACAGUCCAAACUUUCUCUGCUCGGUUCUGCCUUCUCAUUGGAGAUGUAAUAAAACCCUACCGGUUGCUUAUAAGGUUGUGGCCCUCGGAGAGGUUCCUGAUGGGACGGUGGUCACAGUGAUGGCUGGGAAUGAUGAGAACUAUUCAGCUGAGCUCAGGAAUGCCUCAGGUGUCAUGAAGAACCAGGUGGCCCGCUUCAACGACCUGCGCUUUGUGGGCCGAAGUGGAAGAGGGAAGAGCUUCACCCUGACCAUUACAGUAUUCACAAACCCACCGCAAGUGGCCACUUACCACAGAGCCAUUAAGGUCACGGUGGACGGGCCGCGAGAACCCAGGAGGCACAGGCCGAAGUUGGACGACUCACCGAAAGCUGGACUAUUCUCCGACCGGCUCAGCGAACUAGAGCGUAUUCGGCAGAGCACCAUGAGGGUUACCGUGCCAACACAAACACUGCGGCCUUCUCUUAGCAGCCCAAACACCUUUACGCACCAGGGGCAAACACAGAUAGCAGAUCCGCGUGAGGCUCAGUCUUCUCCACCGUGGUCAUAUGACCAGACAUACCCGUCAUAUCUGAGUCCCAUGGCCUCCCCGUCCAUGCACUCCACCACCCCCCUUUCCUCCAGCCGAGCCACGGGCCUCCCUUCCAUCAGUGAUGUGCCCAGACGCCUCCCAGGUUCGACAGAUUUGAGUCCUUUUCCUUGCCAGUUUGAGCGUCAGUUCUCCGGUUUUCCCUCACUCACCGAGAGCCGAUUUUCCAGUCCCAGAAUGCACUACCCGGCCACCUUCACGUACACGCCGACCCCCGUCACCACAGGAAUGUCUCUCGGCAGCGCCCACUACCACACCUACCUACCCCCACCCUACCCUGGUUCCAACCAGAGUCAAAGUGGACCCUUCCAAAGCAGCAGCACGCCCUAUCUCUACUAUGGCGCCUCCACUGGCUCAUACCAAUUCUCUAUGGUUUCAGGGGGGGAUCGCUCACCCACACGGAUGAUGCCACCUUGUACUAGCGCAUCCACGGGGACCAGCUUGGUCAACCCAAAUCUCCCUGUCCAGGCUGAUGGAAAUGGAGGGGUUGAGGGGGACAGUAGUCAUAGUAACUCCCCCACUCUGCUCAAUCCUGCUGGUAGAAUGGACGAAGGAGUAUGGCGGCCAUAUUGAUUGAACAAUGAUGCACAUAUAUUACACAGAUCUGUCGCAGUCUGAUGGAAACUCCAAACAAAUGGCAUGGUUUUAAAGCACAAACCUUUGGAUUUUCAUCCUUUUUUGCUGAACUACUUUCCUUUUCUAUGUUUUCAUAUGAUUUUAAGUAUUUAUGAACUAUUUGAAAGGGAAGUAUUGUUUUGUUUUGUUUUUUACAUUGAAAUGUCUUUGUGAUAGUUCAAUCUAUGGACGUGAUACAUUAUUCUGGACCUUUUGACCUCUAGGAAACAUUGUCAUUGGUGGGAAUAUUUGAAAUUGAAGGAGCAGAGAUGGUUUGAGUUUUUCAUUAGCAUUAUGUUUUUAUUUACUUGGCAUGUCUUUAAUAAAUCGUUUAAAGCACUGCACAAGACAUUGCAAUGCAAGACAUUUUAGAGUAAGCAGACAGUUUAUUUGCUUUUUUUAACUUAAGCAUUUAAGUUAUACAUAUUUGAUAAAGACAUUGAUUUAAACUAACUUAUAAAGCUAUAUAUUAAUUAAUGUAUUAGGAUCUUGAGUCAUAGAGGGAAUAUUUUUGUAAAGCAUCUAUGUUCAAGUUAAUGCAAGUGAUUUAGGAUAAUUAAAAUAUCUGUGCCUUAAAUAAUCACACAAAGUUGUAUGUUUUAGUCUGUUUAACACAUUCAAAACGGCAUGUGUAAUAAGGUCUUUUUGUUGGAAUACAUUACAUUUUAGAAAUGUCAACAUUGCUUGGUACCAAAUGCUUUAAACCAAAGAAAUGGCCAAGGAUGCUCUUAAGUGUUUGCCAGUGUGUUAGAUCAAGCUUUCUUUGAGUUGCAUGCAUGUGUUGGGAUAAUUUAUUUGGCAUUUACAUUGUUUAAUUAUUAGAAAUGGCUGGGAAAAUAUACUGCACACAGUACAGUAUAUACUGUACACAGAUAUUCUCACCUGAGAACUGGAGCAAUUUAUCUGAUCAAAAAGACACUACACAGUGUAGAACUCUCAAUUAAGGUACUAUAUUACCCAGUGUAGCAAUGAAAAUAGAAUAACUUCCAAUAAUACUUUAUUUGGAAUGUAACUUAUGCUGUUUAAAAUGUUUCAAACGUUUAGCUCAGUUUUGUUCCACUGUAAAUCUAGGAUAUAGUGGUGCAUAGUAAAUUUUGCUUAUGAAACUCAUGUUGCAAAUCAGUGUCUGGAUUUCAAUCAGUUUUCAACAGAUUGAUUCUGUUACAGUUAUUACAGUUGGAACUAUCCAAACCUCACCAAACUUUGGAAAGGUUUAGUCUGCUUUGAAUUAAAUACUGCUUUUAAAGCCUAAGCAAUCAAGUGAAAAAACAAAACAAAGCUCUUAGCUGUUUUUAUGUUGAAUUAAUUUCUCCACGGUCUUUUUUUUUUUUUACCUGAACAUUGGUCCAGUAUUGCAUCUUUGUUAACUCAAGGUUAUUUUGACUGUUUCAUAUGAUCAGGGCAUUUACCUACAAAUUUGAAUAGCUGUGAGUGUGUACGAAAUGUUUACAACAUUCUGAGUGUAUGUUGUAUAUUGGAAUCAAAUACACCACCCCUGUUUUGUUUAAUUAUUAUCAAUUUUUUUUUCUUUUGUAAAUUAGUAUUUAUCUGAUGAAACGAACAGGUUUCAAUGGACAAGAGCGAUUUGUAGCAAAUUUGUCUCUGGUUCUUGCAUGCUUUGUUUCCAUUGCACAACUGUGUUUUACUUAUCUUGUUUUCCUUCCCCAAGUUCUUUUUCUCUUUAAAGACCCCAUGAAAUCACUUUAUGUUUUUUUUUUCUUCUUUGUUGACAACAUGAUCACACGGGAAAUCGACAAGUUGCUUCUUAAAGUCUGUGUACCCUGAAAUCAACCCCAUUCAGCUGAAUUACUGACAAUCGCCAUCCCCCAUCAGACAUUUUUGCAUCGAUUUAUUUAUAAACACAUUUCCCUCUAGCUCAAUCAAUAGCUUGUUGUGAGAGCAACCUCAGAGACACAGGUUCUGGUCCAAUGGAAACCAGGUAGUAAUCACGUUCACAUAAAUAAUGGUGAGCAUGUUUGCAUUUUCGCUCUAAAAUUAAAUUUGUACUCCAUUGAUGGUUAGGUUUAGGGUUGGGGGUUGGGUUAAGGGCAUUUCUGCUGACUGUAGUAAAUAAUUUAUUUACACUUGAUUAAAGCCUGAGCUGUAAAAGAGAUUUUCAUCAUUAGCCUUUAACAUGGAGUCAUCAUAUGGGGACCAGAAAGCAUGAUUUUAAUUUAUCAUUUAAGUAUGAAAAUGUUACUCUUCCUGUAUAGUGGCAGGAUGUGGCUAGGAGACAGUUGCGCCUGAGAGGAUUUUAAUUCAUUUAAGACAUGACUUGGUGCCUGCAUAAAGAUCCAGGACAGCUGAGUUUCCUUCUCGGUGCUCCAUCAAAUAAUAUAUCUAUCCACAUAAGAGCACUUCCAGCUUUGGCCACUGGGGGCAGUGAUUUGGAUUUUGGUAAGCUCAGACCAAUACUUUAAUCCAAUAUUUUAACCUACUGUUGCUGAAUUCACAGUAAGAUCAGUCUGCCGUUGACAUAUUUCCUAUUGAAACAGGAAGUUGGAGCAGGACAUAGCACUGGGCUUGUUGCCUUUUUUAAGUAGCCAAUAGCCAUGAACCAUGAUUUGCUAGUUAGAAGUAGGUGGUAUUGGGUGAAGGAGUCAAUUUUACACAUUAGAGAACAUUUUAGUGGACAAAAAUGUGGAUACAUCCCUGAAUGCAAGAUCAUUGUCAUCAAUAAAACUGACAUUUGAAAUGCGUGUAUCUGCAAAAAUGUCAUUUUGUCAACUUUUCGGAGUACACUAGCAUAUAGAUCACCUCAGCACCAAAAGACACGGACAAAAAGCCACAAAAGUCCAACUGUGAUUUCAUGGGGUCUUUAAUUAUGGAUAGAAUGAGGGUUUACAGGGAAAUGAUCAUGACAACAGUGAAAGAAAUUGGCUUUUAUUGGCUCAUUUUUUAAUUGUUUUAUGUUGUUAUAGUAAUUUUCUUUGUAAGGGAAAUAAAAAGAGA